AUAUGCGCAUUUCGUGUCGCAUAUAAACAACAAAGCUUACGAGCAGAAGAGUUUUGUUGCCGUCGAGGGAGAGACAGAGAGUCGGAGAAGAUGCAGAUCUUUGUGAAAACCCUCACCGGGAAGACUAUCACCCUUGAGGUGGAGUCCAGCGACACCAUCGACAACGUCAAGGCCAAGAUCCAGGACAAGGAAGGUAUUCCACCGGACCAGCAGAGGCUCAUUUUUGCCGGGAAGCAGCUCGAGGAUGGCCGUACUCUCGCCGACUACAAUAUCCAGAAAGAAUCAACUUUGCAUUUGGUUCUGAGGCUCCGUGGUGGGAUUAUUGAGCCGUCUCUCAUGGCAUUGGCUAGGAAAUACAACCAAGAUAAGAUGAUCUGCCGCAAGUGCUAUGCACGUUUGCAUCCGCGUGCUGUCAACUGCAGGAAAAAGAAGUGUGGACACAGCAACCAGCUGAGGCCAAAGAAGAAGGUCAAGUGCUUCGGCCCACUUCAUUUUCAUUUUAAAAAGCCCAUUUCUGUUUUACAAACUCGCAAAACCCUAAUAUGCGCAUUUCGUGUCGCAUAUAAACAACAAAGCUUACGAGCAGAAGAGUUUUGUUGCCGUCGAGGGAGAGACAGAGAGUCGGAGAAGAUGCAGAUCUUUGUGAAAACCCUCACCGGGAAGACUAUCACCCUUGAGGUGGAGUCCAGCGACACCAUCGACAACGUCAAGGCCAAGAUCCAGGACAAGGAAGGUAUUCCACCGGACCAGCAGAGGCUCAUUUUUGCCGGGAAGCAGCUCGAGGAUGGCCGUACUCUCGCCGACUACAAUAUCCAGAAAGAAUCAACUUUGCAUUUGGUUCUGAGGCUCCGUGGUGGGAUUAUUGAGCCGUCUCUCAUGGCAUUGGCUAGGAAAUACAACCAAGAUAAGAUGAUCUGCCGCAAGUGCUAUGCACGUUUGCACCCGCGUGCUGUCAACUGCAGGAAAAAGAAGUGUGGACACAGCAACCAGCUGAGGCCAAAGAAGAAGGUCAAGUAGACUGUGGAUCGUGCCAGCAGAAUAUUGUGUUUUACUAGGUCAUUUAGGUCAUUGGCUAUUUCAUUUGAAACUCUUAGCCUCAAACAGUUUUCUGUUAGAAAGUUUAGAAACAUUAAUAUGUUCGAACUUUACUUGUUUUGGGAUUUCUAUUUUCCUAUGUUUUAUUUCGCCAUGGUUUGAACCUCUUUGAAGAAUGGCAUUCAUUAAGCUUGAGCCUUUCCAUA